GAACGAUAUCCUGACCCCGUUUGGGAUACAGUUCAGACAGGCAGCCCGUUCUAUAUGUCAGCUCUGCUGCCGGAAGGUCUGCGGUGGCAUCUUCCACUUGGACGUUCGCACUUGUGUAUUCCGCUCAACUCUGCGUGGCCGCGAGGAAGCUCUCCCUGCGACGUGUGGACAACCAUCGUGAGUCUGCGGUUCCAUUUUCGCUGUUCAUCUGUUCCUGAGCGCCGGUUCCAGUAAAGGAAAUGAUGAUGCUGGAUCAGGAGGAUGGAGUUCAAUGGCUUGUCACGUCGGCGGAGUAUUCCCUCUUCUACACGUGCAUCUCUCACAUAUCGACGGGCGCCAGAAACGUCUUACCCUCUUUCAAAAUGAUGAGCCCAGAGGGCGUGUCCUUGAGUCUCGCGUUCCACUGUCAAACCAUGGAUGAGCACGGAUAUUAUUGCAUCGACUUUCAUGUGGAGGAUCUAGUGAAAAGCGGUCUCUGGCUGGAGAUCCGUGUGAGUCUCGUGAGAUUCAGGAGGUCCAGUGGUUGUGGUUUCAGCACAGACAAAACUCAGUGGCCUGCACCGGAGCCAGCUAUCGUCACCACACUGACUGACAAUGGGCUGGCUGGAUCCGUGCCACACCAUACAACGGGAUUCGUUACGGUGAAAGUGGAGGUGUUUUCACUGAGCCCCCGGCCGUGCCACGAAAUCCUGAGGGGACUGAACGACACAAGGGCUCAGGGACACUUGCCUGACGUGGUCCUCACUCUGGACGGCCACGAGUUCCCCGCGCACCGGGCCGUGCUGGCGGCCACCAGCCCCGUGUUCCUCAAGAUGUUCUCCGGCGACUACAAGGAGGCCAAGGCCCUGAAGAAGAGGGACUCGGGCGACCUGGUAUGCGAGGUGAAGAUCUCGGGCGUCACCAAGGAGGCCGUGGAGCUGUUCUUGACGCUCAUGUACCAGGGCCAGGCGGACGACUGGGCGGGGCUUGAGGUGGAACUGCUGGAGAUCGCCGACUACUACAUGGUGACCCACGUCAAGGACAAGUGCGAGCGGCGUCUGAUGGGCAUGGACGGCCCCACCGCGCUGGGACUCCUGCGCCACGCCGAUAACCCCGUCAUCUCGAGCGACCUGCGAGUGUGUGCCGUGCAGGCCGUGGUGCGUGGCUGGAAGCAACUGUCCAUCACACCGCAGUGGCGCGACCUGCAGAAGACCAGACCCGUCUUGGUGGACUUCAUUCGGGCCGCCCAGCAGCUUUACGAGCAAGCCUCGAGCAAGCCGGCCCAGUAGUGUCGCAACCACAACGACGCGAGGUGUUAUUUGCCGUCAAGAAAGACGGAAGUUUCUCUCUUUUGUUCGACAGAUACUGCUGUUAGCUCAUCUCGUAUUGUUUCGAAUUGAAGUUCUUUGUUUA